AUGGCUGGCUCAAAGGAACACCCUCCGUACGUCGAGAUGCUCGACGCUGCUCUCCACCGCGCCAACAACGGCGAGAAGGUCUCCCGCCAGAGGAUUGCCUCGUACUUGCGGGACAACUACCACAUCAAGAGCGACACCGACGCCUUCAAGAAGAACGUCAAGUCCGCCCCCGAGAAACGCAUGAACCAAGGCUACUACGCCCAGGACAAGAACUCGUGGUAUCUGACUGACGCUGGAGACGAGUUCUACCGCGGGCAGUACGAGACCAGCUCGGAGCAGGAGGACGACGAGCCCGCGCCGAAGCCUGUCAAGAGCGUGAAGGUGUCCGAGUCGAAGAAGGCGAGCGGCAAGGCAAAGUAG